AUGAUGUCAAGUUGUAUAUCGCUGACUAGACUAGCCGAUGGACGAGUCGACGUUGAUCUGAACUCGAGGAUUGCCCGCACUCUCGCUCAGAUCAUCGAGCUGCAACAGGAAGACAUUCAUAAUCCACCUCCCGACUAUCAGCAAGAGCUCCAACAGCAGCGGGAUCAAGAUCAAGAUCAUCAACUAGAACCCAUCGAAUGCAGCAUCCACCUCAACAUUGUGAUCCAGAUUGUUGGCAGCCGCGGGGACGUCCAGCCUUUUAUUGCACUCGGCACCGAACUGCAAAAGCACGGCCAUCGGGUCCGUCUAGCCACACAUGAUGUUUUUGCAGACUUUGUGAGAUCAUCCGGGCUCGAGUUCUAUCCUAUUGGCGGCGAUCCAGCGGAGCUUAUGGCCUUUAUGGUGAAGAACCCCGGCCUCGUACCGCAGAUGGACAGCCUUCGCGGCGGGGAGAUCCAGAAAAAGCGAGCCAUGGUUGCGACGAUGCUAGACGGGUGCUGGCGUUCGUGCAUCGACGACGAUCCGCUUACUAAGGCUCCAUUUGUGGCGGACGCAAUCAUUGCGAAUCCGCCCAGCUUCGCGCAUGUGCAUUGUGCGCAGGCGUUGAGGGUCCCCGUGCAUCUGAUGUUUACCAUGCCGUGGAGUAGUACAACUGCAUUCCCCCACCCGUUGGCCAAUCUGCGGCCUUCGGACAUGAGUCCGCGGACGGCGCACUGGGUUUCGUAUGGUGUGGUAGAGUGGCUGACCUGGCAGGGGUUAGGCGAUGUGAUCAAUCGAUGGCGAGCUACCAUUGACUUAGAACCCGUUCCUAUGGCUGAGGCCCCCAGCUUAGCAGAGACCCUCAAGAUUCCUUUCACCUACUGCUGGUCUCCAGCUCUGGUACCAAAGCCUAGGGACUGGGCUGAACAUAUAGAUGUGUGUGGCUUCUUCUUCCGGCAACCCCCGUCGUACCAACCGCCGCCAGAUCUCGAGCAAUUCCUUGCUUCAGGCCCACCGCCUGUGUAUAUCGGCUUUGGAAGCAUCGUUGUGGACAGCCCGCAACGCUUGUCCAAUACAGUGUUGCAGGCAGUGGCUGCGUCUGGUGUUCGUGCCAUCGUGUCACGAGGUUGGAGCAAAUUGGCUGGAGACGGGAAUCCAAACAUCUACUUCAUCGGCGACUGUCCCCACGAAUGGCUGUUCCAGCACGUUUCAGCAGUCGUCCACCACGGAGGUGCUGGGACUACCGCCUGUGGACUGGCCAACGGGAAACCAACAGUCGUCGUACCUUUCUUUGGAGAUCAACAAUUCUGGGGCAACAUGAUUGCAAGGGCUGGAGCAGGCCCAUCUCCCAUUCCACAUGCUACACUUAGCAUUCGGAAUCUGGCCGAGGCUAUUCGAUUCUGCCUGAAGCCCCAGACCGUUGCUGCUGCGCGUGAAAUCGCCGCCAAAAUGCAGUUUGAGUCGGGCGUCACUGCCGCCGUACAGUCCUUCCAUCGGCAUCUUCCGCUAGAGCAGAUGAGGUGUCAGGUAUUCCCAGACCAGGUUUCUGUGUGGAAAUACGCAAGGCACAAGCGGGAGAUCCGGCUAUCAAGGAAAGCCGUGCAGAUUCUCAUCGACCACUUAAAGAUUGAUCCAAAGAAUCUCCGCUGCUAUGAUAUCAAACCCAUCAUUAUUGAAAACCGCCGCUGGGAUCCGCUCACCGGUGUCACCUCCGCAGCCGUAGGCACCGGCACUGACUUGCUCAAAAGUACCACAAACAUGUUCUACAAACCGUACAAAGAACUCGCCCGGAAUAAAACUGAUGUUGCCCCCGAUGGCGCAGAACGUCAUCCCGUUGUCACCGCCGGGGCCAUGGCGGGACAGUUUGCGAAAAGCUUCGGACAGUUCAUGGGAUCGUACGCCAAGGGUGUCAUUGUGGAUAUUCCGCACGCGGCAGCGGAAGGCUUCAGGCAGGUCCCGCGCCUGUAUGGCGAACAACCCAAGGACUACGGCGCUGUGCAGGAUUGGAAGUCCGGGGCUACGGUUGGGGGAAAGAACUUUGUGGAUGGCAUGAUGGAGGGUUUCUCGGGGCUGGUCACCCAGCCGAUCAAAGGUGGCAAAGAGGAGGGAGCGCUGGGCGUUGUCAAGGGUUUGGCAAAGGGUACAGCAGGACUUGUGACUAAAGUUCCUUCCGCUGGACUAGGGCUCGUCGCGUAUCCAUUUCAGGGUAUUGUGAAGAGUAUCGAGUCGUCGGUCAGGUCCAAGACGAGGAAGGCCAUUAUCACGGCCCGACUACGGGAUGGGUAUGAGCUGAGUCGACGGGAGGAAGUUUCGCAGGAGGAGAGACGCUUUGUCCUGCAGAAGUUUCAAAGUCUUCUGUGCGGUCCAACUGCUACUCCUACAUAG